AUGCGGUUUGGCCUUCCCCAAAGAUACAGCGAGGUCGAAUUGCCGUCCAAUCAAGCUCAGCUACCGGUGCUACCGAGCGCUGCUGCAAAUUUCCGCCCAAAGCCGCCAUUAUCCGCUUUGAGCGAAACAUUACAAAAGCUCGACAAACUCUGCUUGGAGCGAAUCACCGAGCAAGACAAGGAAAUCCAGGGCAAGUAUGCUUCCACGAAGGAGAAGGCAAUGGCUCGCACGGCGGUUGGCGCUCUGAACGUUGUGUUUGAGCUGCAGCUUGCAAAACUACAAAAGAGCGUAGAAGCCGCGAUAUCGAAGCACGAGAAGGCGCUCCGGGAGGCCGAGGAACAGCGUAGACGGGAGGAAGAACAGCGGCGAAAAGAGGAGGAGCAACGGAAGAAACAGGAGGAGCUCAAGAGGGCCAAGGAGGAACAGGAACGGAAACUCAAGCUUGAAAAGGAACAGAAGGAACGAGAAGCCCGCGAGAAGGCCGAGAAGCUCGAGAAGGAGAAACAAGCGUUGCAGAAUGCCAAAACGAAUAAGGGUCUCACUGUAGCUAGCGUCGUAGACAAGGAGGUGCUGGAGUAUAUGCUUCGCAUCCCGAAGAUCAAGAAGGAUGUGGUUGAAGAGCUCGCCAAAAAUCCUGCCUUGAAAAAGAACGUGGGCGCGCUAAAAAGAAAGAUCAACGUCAAGUUCGGCCAGCUCUCGAACUCCAUGACACAGCUCCGAACGGUCACUGCGCAGGUGGUCGACCUCAUCCUGUCAUGCAAGCUGGAGCCACUCGCAUACCAAUGGAUUCUCAAUUUUGUGUCGAAGUCCAUCGUCUCGCAGGCCGAAACGGAGGUCACCGUCAAGCCCGAUGCGGCGCUUCCGCUUGCUCGUUUGGCCGUGGCUCUACUACACCAAGUGGAGGGGCUAGAAUACUAUCUCAGCGCUAGAAUGGUCAAGAAGUGUUCCCUCAUCCUUGGGUUUACUUGUGCUCUAGAAUCCGACGGUGACCGUAUCCUCAUGGGCUGGAAGCAUUCCGAGAACUCGUGGGAAACUGAGGUCAAGUACGAGGAAAGAAUCGGAGGCAUUCUCACGUUGUGGGCCGUCAUGGCUAGCCUGGACCAAUCUGGGCAAUACGAGUUCUUCUCCAUGGGAGCACAGUGGCGUUUUCUUGCCAGAGUUCUCAAUACCAAGCCGGAACUCAUCUCUGAUGUUCAUUUCGUCAUGCUAUGCAAUUGGUGGGAGGCCGCUGCUAAGCCAUUCCUGGGUGUCUACAAAUCGCAGGCACAAAAGCUUUUGCUCGUCGCCGCCACUAAAUUUGCCGCGAUCGGCUCCAAAAAAUCAUUCGCUGCUGCUACUCGUUUACAGAUCUUGGGAGAAGAUUUGUUCCAAAAGAAUAAUUUCAAUAGUCUCAAGGAGAUGGAAGCAUAG